AUGGCUCAGGAUCAAAAUAAAGACCCUGAUUACUCCACUGCGGAGGUGGAUCGAGGUUCAAAGAUUGACCAGCCAACUGCACCGGAUCAGUUCGAUGAAAGAUACCGAACAACCCGGAUGGAAAUCUGGGCCUACUAUGCCUAUUAUAUUGGAAAUAACGGCUUGUCACUCUUCAACUUUGCCCCAACUGCGUUUCAAAAUUUGCUAUAUCAAGCUGCCCCUGCAGAUGGGCUACUCGACUUUAUCGGCCGCCCACGAACAGUAAAUAGCAUUGUGCUCCUGUCAAAUGGAAUCUCUUUCGCGAUCCAGGUCGUUGUAUUCCUGGUGAUUGGCAGUUUUGCCGAUUUCGGCUACUGGCGGCCCAACAUUUUGAUCGCACUAUCCAUUAUCGCAUAUGCUAUCGGAUUUGCCUGGCUGGACGACGCUCACUUUUUUUGGACUGCUGCAUUCCCGGGAUUGGCGCGCAAUACCCUCGAACUUAAGGAGAAGGCCGAUGCAUAUGUCGCUGGGACCAUUUCCCGGGACGAAUACGACUAUGCGGAUACCAUGAUGCGGAGUCGACUGGCCAAUGUCGCUUUCUAUGUACAGUCUGUCGCUGAGAUCUUCAUUCUCGCUAUCAUUGUUGGGAUCAUGUUUGGGUUGAAGGUGAACGACAGCGAGAGCAAUAAUAACUGGGGUUUGAGCGUGUUGAUCGCCUUUGUCUCCGGGGUGUGGUUGCUUGUCUCAAUCCCCUGGUUUGUUCUCGAGAAACGUCGUCCGGGCCAAGAUCCUGGGAGACGGUCUAUUCUCAUUGCUGGCAUGUGGCAACUGUGGCAUGCUAUGAAGCAAAUAUGGCAUUUGAAACAGAGUUUGCUCUAUCUUAUUGGCUACUUCCUACUUGGAGACUCUCUCAAUACUACUGUUACAGUUAUUUCAACCUUGCAAAAUAGCAUCGUUGCCUAUAAUACACUUGAACUGACAUAUCUGCUUAUUGUUGGAAUUGCCGCACAGGCGGUUGGUAUAUACGUAUUCUGGACGGUCCAGCAACGUUUCCGACUCGGAACCAAAACCAUGUUCAAUACAAUUGCCAUUGGAAUCAUUUUGCUUGACGGUUGGGGAAUGAUCGGUAUUUGGACUGACAAAUUCGGCUUCCAUAACGCAUGGGAAGUUUGGGUCUACCAAGCAUUCUACGGCCUGUUCAUCUGCCCCUGGUACAGCUACUCGCAGAUCAUGAUCUCAGAAGUCACCCCACGCGGCCACGAGUUCUUAUUCUUCAGUUUGUUCAGCAUCAUCGGAAAAACCUCGUCUUUUAUCGGUCCCAUCGUCUCGAGUGCAAUCAUCGAUGCUAGCCCAACUGGCAAUGUUUCCACCCCAUUCUACUUCUUGUUUGGAUUGAGUGUUGCUAGCUUCCUGAUCCUGUUUUUGGGUGUAGACUUGAAGAAGAGUCAGGAAGAACAAGAACGAUUUUUGUUGGACAAGUUACGACGACUGGAGGCAAGUGAAUCAUCGUCUUCUGAUGACAGGGUCCUGACACCGGUCUGA